AUCCUUUUCAUUUUUAUAUACUGACGAUUGAUAUAAUGAAUUGAUCCAUGAAAAGACGUCGACGAAGGGACAUACUCAGAUAAUAUAUAGUUUCGAGCACAAAUCUAAUAUUCACGUUGCAAAAGUCAUUGGACAGGAGCGGAACAGCUCCGCAUCACAGUCCAUGGUAGAACGCUAAGAUCUCGAUACACUUAUUAACAACCACGGUGGUCAUUGGCUAAAGCUACUAAUAUGAGCGAGGGAAUUCUUUCUAGGACGAGUAUGGAAUUCUUUCAGUGGACAUACUCGCUCCUUCAAACAAUCGAUGUUCUCCACCUUCUUCGGGGCUUCUUUUUGAUUACGGCUUGCACGAUUCUUCUUGCGAACAGUGCCCCUUUUGUUCGCUCUCGUUUCAUUGCUUAUGGCCCACGAGCCACAUCUUUGGGAUCGAUUAAGCCUCCACAGAACUCGGAGCAAGGUUACCACACAGUGUCGCAGCGACCCUCUUGGUCAUGGAGCAUGAAAGUUUUGGACUACCUAGCAUCGUUGCAGGUACCCCAUAGCUUCUUUACCCAGUUUUAUGUGGUAUCGGUGCUAUCCUCAAUUCUAUGGGGAACUCAAAUCUAUUUCAAAGGGCCGUUGUUCAAAGCUGUAUCCUCGACUGUGAGGGAUGAUAACGCUCAAACAUCCAUGUCACGCAAUCAAAUAGUUCUGUGCUGGACACUGCUAUUGAUUCAGGGUACCCGUCGACUAUACGAAUCUAUUUCGACGGCGAAACCAUCCCAAUCGAAAAUGUGGUUCCCACAUUGGAUCGUAGGGUUAGCAUACUAUGUUGCAAUGGGUAUGGCUAUUUGGGUCGAGGGAAUACCCGUGAUACGAGCAUCUGAUAACUUGCUGAGCGACGUACGAUAUUCCGCACCAUCAUUGAAGACACUCAUAUUUCUUCCCGUGUUUAUUCUUGCUUCUGGAAUCCAGCAUGAUUGCCAUCUUUACCUUGCUUCGUUGAAAAAAUACACCCUUCCCUCUCACCCAGGCUUCCUCCACCUCGUUUCUCCCCAUUACACGGCCGAGUGUGCUAUAUACUUGUCGCUCGUUUUCCUAGCCGCGCCAAAGGGAACACUAGUCAAUAACACAGUAUUGUCGGGGCUGGUCUUCGUCGUUAUUAAUUUGGGUAUUUCAGCUGACAAUACCAAGGCGUGGUAUAUGAAGAAAUUUGGUAAAGAAAAGGUUGAGCAGAGGUGGAGAAUGAUACCCUAUUUGUAUUAGAUUCUGACUACGAAACCCGAAUAUAUACUUCCAUAGAGUCUAUCCUCCACGAGCGUAGAGCUUUUGGUCACCUACUAGUUUUUACGAAUAGAAACUAGACAAGUCAUUUAUUCAGAACAGAAAGCUACGUUAAACUCAAAUUUUUUUAAACUUAAAAGGAUGUCCUUGCUGGUUAUUAUUUGCUACCAAAAAAAUUCAUGCUAUUGCCCAACUUCGAGACUUUAAGCACGUCUCGAUACGUUAGGCUUAUUCUAGUCUCCCUUGCAUAACUGCCAGCGGCAAACGCUUCUUUAUCCCCCAGCAAUUCCCAGUUACAAAUAGUUUCUGAAUUCAAAUCCGCAUCUAUCAUCCGCUCUUCAAUGCCAUGCAAGUAAUCCGUGUACAAUUUCCCUGUCGUCACCAACAAACUUCGUCUUUCUUGCAAUAUUCUAAGCUGCGAUGCUGUUGUUUGCUCAGACACUUCAAGCCCCUUGUGCUCGCGUUUGGCUGUUUUCUCACUCAUCUCCAACACUAUCGGCGCUCCCAAGCUCACAGUUGCCACUACUGGAUAGUAGGCAGCUCCGUCUUCGUGAGGCAUGAUGCCUUGGCCAGGCUGGUACUCGUUAAUGAGAACAUGAUUAGCGGCCUUGUGGGGUGAAUCUCUAAAUAUUCCAAGCUCCGUAAAACGGGAAAUAAUAGGCGAAAUCAGCCAUUGUGGGAGGGCAGAGGCUAGGAGUGUGUUGGACCUGCUCAAUGCGCAUGGCCAUGUUUGAAGACGUCGCCGGGAAAGAUGUGUCCAGCGCGGAAUGGGAACAGAUAUGAUCUUCACAGUUGUUAGUCCUGUUACUGCCAGUGUAUAUUUUAUUGUCACAAUAGAUAUGAAAUAACGGUGCCGAUACAUAAUACAGAUACUUUAAGACCCUAAGGAAUGUCGCCAGUAGAGGCCCUCACUAAAGAGCUUUAUUUACGCAUUUAAGCAAACAUUUUCUUUCGCUUGUCGGCUGGAAGCUAAGAGAACAUCACUGGGAGGCUUGAAAACAGACUAGAUAUGAAAGAAAGUUUGUUUACCUUUUGAAGCAACCGCUCUUCUUCAUCCUGUGUUAUAAAGUCAGGAAUAUAAUACGCACUUUCGGGAAUCGACUCGAUCCGGGCUUCUUCCAGCGGAAUGGACAACAUGGCUUUCUCAGUUACAUCACCACAUAUUCUCCGUUCCUUGAUCAUUAGCCAGCAAUCAACUGAGCGAUGUUUA